AUGGCUAUGGCAAUGACCACAACUAUGGCAACAACCAUAAAUAUGAUCACAAUUACAAUAAUCACUACAUGUGUAAUCAUGAUCACGACAAUAAAUAUUAUGGUAACGGUCACGGCAAUAGCCACAAUUACAACACAACAGCCUGGCAAUGACAAUGACUACAGCUACGAUCAUGUCAACACUUACAAUAAUAGCAAUACUUCGCUAUGGCAACAUUAA